CUGUGAGGAUUGUUUCCACUAUGUUUCUAGUUUGCGAUGAUGCACUUCAGUCUCGCUCUGGAUUCUUAUUUCCUUCCCAAACCUGUAGAGGAUAUCGUUCAGAACCAAGAGUUCAGUAAAGUUCCUCUCAUCACUGGAAUUACUGAUGAUGAGUUUGGCUUUUUACUGCCCGCAUAUUUUGUGGGUAAAGGAUGGAUUGAUGGGAUGAAUAAAGAGCAAGCCAUAAAGGGCCUGACCCUCACAUAUCCUGAUCCCAGGGAUCGAUGGAUCGUUGAUCUGGUGGCGAACGAGUACCUGGGCGACACAAGAGAUCCCAUUCAAGUCCGAGACAUUUACAGAGAGAUGAUGGGCGACGUGAUGUUCAACAUCCCUGCCCUCCAACUGGCAAAAUACCACAGCGGUGAGACGCAGUCAAUUAUUCAUUUAUUCAUAUUGGACCAUUGCAACUGUGUGGGAAGAAGGUUCAUGACUCGUCUCUAA